CUACAGGCAAGCAUCGAGCACUUUGUUAAAAUACGAACUUUUUGCUCCAAUAACAAUCUCAAAAAGAUUGUGUUUUAGCAUCAAAUAAGUACGGGUCUGAAGCACGUUUAAAAGCCCUGCAAAAUGGGACUCCGCGCACAAUAAGAGCCAAAGUUUUAAACUUUCUUUCGAGUGACACUAAAAAUUUCGUCUCGUUACGCAGCAUUUAUCUGUGUACGAAAUACAAACUUACCCGUCAGUACUCGGUACAGACAUAGGUUAUCUGAACGGCCAAAUGCAUCUGAAAGCAUAAAAUUGCUCGCACGAAAUGGAUCUCUAGCUUUCAUAUUCAGCUUUUAAACAACUCAAGGUCCAAGACGCCUCUUCUGAACAUCCAAUCUGCCGGUCCGCAAACCAGUAUUGAAGCGGAACCGAAAAUCGGAAGCGGACGCUGCGAGUCAUCAGCCUUCGAUCUCCAACGUUGACGACGCAGUGCCGGAGCACCGUUCGCAGUCCGACGUGGACCGAGUAGCUAGCCGGUUCCGCCAAGGCGUGGUCUGAACACACCGUCGUUUCUCGCAGUGAGAGGGAUCCGGUUGCUCAACCAGUGUGUCGGCGAUCUUCACGUAAACAGAACUGAGGGGGACUUCCCAUUCCCAAACUCAAAAUGGGUCACGACUGUCCAGUGUGCGGCAAGAAGAAUGAGUCCGUGUCCAAGCUGACUGUGCACCUGCGGACCCACACGGGAGAGAAGCCUUUUGAGUGCACGGUUUGCAACAAGAAGUUUAGCCAUCGUUGCAACCUCAAAACGCACCUCGGGAUCCACACAGGAGAGAAGCCCUUGGAGUGCACGGUUUGCAACAAGAAAUUCAGCCAAGGUAGCAGCCUCAGAAAGCAUUUCCGGACCCACACAGGGGACAAGCCUUUUGAGUGCACGGUGUGCAACAAGAAGUUCACCGCAAGUGGCAGCCUCAGAGUGCAUCUCCGGACCCACACUGGGGACAAGCCCUUUGAGUGCACGGUCUGCAACAAGAAGUUCAACCAAGGUGGCGGCCUCAGAGUGCAUCUCCGGACCCACACAGGGGAGAAGCCCUUUGAGUGCACGGUCUGCAACAAGAAGUUCAACCAAGGUGGCGACCUCAGAGUGCAUCUCCGGACCCACACAGGGGACAAGCCCUUUGAGUGCACGGUUUGCAACAAGAAGUUCGCCGAAAGUGGCAGCCUCAGAGUGCAUCUCCGGACCCACACAGGAGACAAGCCCUUUGAGUGCACGGUUUGCAACAAGAAGUUCACCAGAAGUGGCAAGCUCAGAGUACACCUCCGGACCCACACAGGGGACAAGCCCUUUGAGUGCACGGUUUGCAACAAGAAGUUCAGGCAAAACUCUCAUCUGAAAACGCACCUGCGAACCCACACUGAAGGAAACGAUUUGAACAUCGAGUUGGCAAAUAGGAGUUAAGUCAAGAUGACAGCAGUGUCAACUGCGGACUCUCUUUGAGGAAAAACGGCAGGCUGUAUUUAUCCGGAAGACGAUUUCUAAGCGCCAGGCCUAAGUGUACCAGACUGCUCAUGAGGCGCACAACUUAUAUUUUAAGUCCCAAUUUGUUCAAAGUAGGACACCAUCUCCGUGUUAAUUUUUUGUCUUUUUACAAUUUUAUAGUUUUUUUUUUCAUUUGUAGGAGUUAAGUGGGAAGUCAGAACAAUAUGACUCGGCUCUGUAGUCUUAGAUCCUCAUUUAAAAAUGAUUAUAUUUCAAAUUCGUAUACAUGACAAUAUUUGAUUUUGACAUUCCGUCUCUGAAAUGAGACUCGUUUGUUUGAAGCAGGCUUCCGUCGAUCAUUGGAAGAUGGCAUUGAUUUAAUCUUGUUAACAUAACAUUAGCGUUGUAUCAAUGUCUCUCAGUUGCACGUUUUACAUAUUUUACAUGUUUCUUGCCUUUGGUGGAGACUUUUUUGAACUGUUUGCACCUCUCUGUUUAAUAAAGAAGUAUUAUUGACGUGUCCAUUAUUCAGAUAAAGCUAAAGUAA